CCUCAUUUUGGAUUUUUCUUUUACACGCGGCGUUAGACUGAAGAAGGUUAAGUCCGUGUUUGUUGCGAGACAAAAAAUAGUUUUGACUUAAAUUGAUGCAUUUUAACGUGCACAAUGUUUGUGUUAUAUGAAACGCCGGCGGGCUACGCAAUUUUCAAACUGCUCGAUGAAAAAAAACUUGAGCAGGUCGAUAAUUUGUACCUGGAGUUUGAGACUCCCGAGAAGGCCAACAAAUUGCUGAAAUUGAAGCAUUUUGAAAAAUUCAAUGAUACCACAGAAGCGCUUUCUGCUGCUACAGCUGCUGUUGAAGGCAAAGUGUCGAAGCCGUUGAAGAAGACAUUGAAAAAGCUGCUUGUCGACGACGUACAGGCAUCUCUCCUGGUGGCCGAUGCCAAACUGGGUACAGCCAUCAAGGAUAAGCUGGCGGUGCAGUGUGUAUAUAAUACGGGCGUGCAGGAGCUAAUGCGAUGCAUACGCCAGCAGGCAGACAGCUUGCUGGGUGGCCUGCCCAAGCGCGAGAUGACUGCCAUGGCCUUGGGAUUGGCACAUUCGCUGUCCCGCUACAAGCUGAAGUUCUCGCCGGACAAGAUUGACACAAUGAUUGUGCAGGCGCAGUGCCUGCUCGAUGACCUCGAUAAGGAGCUAAACAAUUAUGUGAUGCGCGCCCGCGAAUGGUAUGGCUGGCACUUCCCAGAGCUGGGCAAGCUGAUCACAGACAAUAUUGCUUUUGUCAAGACGAUCAAGCUGGUGGGCACCAGGGACAAUAUGGCUGCCACGGACUUGUCUGACAUUCUGCCCGAGGAUGUGGAGCAGCAGGUCAAGGAGGCGGCCGAAAUUUCCAUGGGUACCGAAAUCAGCGAUGAGGAUGUGCUUAACAUCCAAUGCUUAUGCGAUGAGAUCAUUUCCAUCAGCGACUACCGGACGCAUCUCUAUGACUACCUUAAGGCGCGCAUGAUGGCAAUGGCGCCCAAUUUGACAGUCCUGGUUGGCGACACGGUUGGCGCUCGUCUCAUUGCGCACGCCGGCUCGCUGAUUAAUCUUGCCAAACAUCCGUCGUCCACGGUGCAGAUAUUGGGUGCUGAGAAGGCUCUCUUCCGCGCGCUGAAAACAAAGAAAGAUACGCCCAAAUAUGGUCUUAUCUAUCAUGCCCAGCUGGUGGGCCAGGCGAGUCAAAAGAACAAGGGUAAAAUGUCGCGUUCCCUGGCGGCAAAAGCCUCGCUGGCCACGCGCGUCGACGCCUUCGGUGAGGAAGCCUCAUUCGAGCUGGGCGCCACACACAAAGUUAAGCUGGAAGCGCGGUUGCGCCUGCUGGAGGAGGGCAAUCUGCGUAAAUUGUCCGGCACGGGCAAGGCCAAGGCCAAGUUCGAGAAGUACCAGGCCAAGAGCGAGGUGUUUACGUAUCAGCCGGAGGCCGAUAACACGUUGCAUGUGAAGAAACGCAAACAUUCAGAAGUUGAAACGCCCGUCAAACAGGAAACAGUGAAACAGGAGCAGGAGGAAGCUGUCGCUGACGAGUCGGAUACUAAAGUUGAAAAGAAAAAGAAGAAGAAGAAGAAGCAAAAGGAUGAAGAAGCAUCCGAAGCAGUCGAGGCGCCGCCAGCAGAGGCCGAAGAGGAAACGCCAGCGCAGCCUCCAAAGAAAAAGAAGAAAUCAAAACAUCAAGAACAAUAAGCACUUACAAUGGGGCUUAUUAAUAGUGCUUAGGUUUAUAGUUCUUAUUAGCAGUAUAUAGUUUUACAAUCAUGAUUACACUUUUAUUUGUUGUCUACUACA